AUGAACGGUGGUGAUGCACACGGCAUCAAACGCGUACGAACCAAUCGAGAAGGACGAGGUCAAUCUAUUCAAAAGGGUACCAGCAUGACGGAUCCAAUCGCGUCGGAAAGAAGCGACAAUGGAGUUGCGGGAUUGGCGCACGAAAAGGAAACCGAAGUUCCCACAGCCGCAGUGGCUACCGUGCCGCCGCCACUGGAAGCGCUAUCCACCGGAAUUGACGCUGGCGAAGAACCGUCUUCGCAAGGAAUCGACAAGGGUCCUCCGCACGAAGGAAUGGGUACGACGAGCGUCGCAACGAAUCCAAGCGAUAGCGAACGGGUACAUGUGCGAGACGAUGGUGCGGAUCUCCUCGUCGCCAACAAGUCCGAUUCAUCCCAAGGUGCUGGAGAGUCUUACAGCAACGUCGAUAUUGGAACGAAGGGUGACGACCGAAAACAAAACAAUGCAUUCAGCCGUAGAGAAUCAAGAAGCUCAGACAUUGCUAACGGGAAAGAAACAAUUACCGACGUAUCAAAGGAAGAAUCUGCUGAAAAGAUAGACAUGCUUGGCACAAAUAACGACCAGGAUAUUGGGAUGGACGAGACCGAUACUGCCACGUUCCAGACGGGAUCUUCAGCUCUUAAGAUUGGACCCAAGCCUUCAGAAUCGAACAAAUCUACAACUCAGGUCCAAGGUCGAAAUCAUUCGGAAGAGAUCGAAUCAGAGGAGACGCAAUCGGAGGAAGAUGAUGAUAAACCCUUGUCUGCUACUGGGGAGUUUGGGCCCAAGACAAAGUUUGGUAUGGAACCAGCGUCGAUUUUGAAAAAAGGUAGUAUUGUUGCUAAGGAAAAAAAAACCUCUCAGAAAAUACACGGAUGGUACACGACGAAUGAAUCCAAAAAGAGAAAGACUGUUGUCGCGGUAAAGCCACCACCGUCGCAAUUGGAAGCGAAGACUCCGCCAACUUCUACUCUUACAACUCCUGCUUCAUCCUCUGGGCUGAUUGUUCCCAAACAAUCCAAUGCAGAAGCCAUUGAGGAUAAGGUCACGGUUUCUUCGACCGCAUCAAUGAAGGCGAAGGGUCCAACUUCGACCGAAACCAUGGCCGUAGCGGUUGUGAACACCGAAUGCCCUUCGACGGAAGCUGUCGGCCGCCAAAACGAUGCUGCUCGCGUCAGGCGACAAGCAACGAGCGAAUAUCGAGCACUUAACAAACCGAGCAUCCGAUAAGACAGCUUUAUCAAAGAUCGCUCCGGCGGAUUCGAUCGCGGCAAAGGAGUUAGGGAGAAGCAGAUCAGGUCAUCGAAAGAAAAGCUCGAAAUCACUCAAGAAAGCCGCCAACAGCCAAACGGCAAGUUUGACCACUAAAAGUGGUGUAGGCAAGCAUUCACAAGGGGUUGCCACGUCAAAAGCCUCGGGCCGGCGGACUGGUGUACCAGAGAUUUGGUCCG